AUGCCUCUCCUCGCCAUGUUCUCUUUCCGCGCCCUUCUCUCUCUUGCUGCAGCAGCACGCAUGACCUCUGGGUACAGCAUCGGGCCUAUUGGCGACUUGAUAGUGGCCAAUAAGACCAUCGCCCCCGACGGGGUCCCGCGCGCCGCCGUUCUGGCCGGGGGAACGUUCCCUGGCCCCCUCAUCACCGCAGAGUUCGGGGACAACUUCAAAAUGACGGUCAUCGACCAACAGCAAGACAUCCGCAUGCUCGAGCCUACGUCGAUUCACUGGCAUGGGCUGUUCCAGAACGGGACGAACUACAUGGACGGGGUCGCGUUCGUCAGCCAGUGUCCUAUUGCGCCCGGCAACUCGUUCACGUACGACUUUACCACCCAGCAAGCCGGAACUUACUGGUAUCACUCUCACCUCGCUACUCAGUAUUGCGAUGGCUUGCGUGGCCCGAUUGUCAUUUACGACCACGAGGACCCCUACCGCCACGAAUACGACGUUGACAACGAGGACACGGUGAUCACGCUCGCAGAUUGGUACAACGUGUUUGCCGAAACGGUCGUCGGUCCUGGAGUGCCUUCCUCAAUGCUCAUCAACGGACUCGGACGCACUGCUGCCACCGUCUCGAACACGACCCUCGCCGUCAUCAAUGUCUUCCAAGGUCUUCGCUACCGGUUCCGUCUGAUCAACAUGGCCUGCGACUCCAACUACGUGUUCCAGAUCGACGGCCACCAGAACCUGACGAUCAUCGAGGCCGACGGUGUCCUCCACGAGCCGUUGAGCGUCGACUCGAUUCAGAUCUUCGCAGCCCAACGCUAUUCGUUCAUCCUCACUGCUGACCAGGCCAUCGACAACUACUGGAUUCGCGCGAACCCGAACACGGGCCCAGCUGGGUUCGCCGGCGGGAUCAACUCUGCGAUUCUCCGAUACAUCGGAGCGAACGAAUCCGAGCCUACGACCUCGCAGGACACGUCGGUCAACGGCCUCGUCAACGAGGUCAACCUCCACCCGCUCGUCAACCCUGGUGCCCCCGGCGGCGCUUUCAUCGGUGGCGCCGAUGUGCAACUCAACCUGGCUCUGGCGUUCAACACUACCACGCUGAAAUUCAUGGUCAACGGGGUGACGUUCGUUCCCCCGACCGUUCCCGUGCUGCUCCAGAUUCUGUCCGGGGCCCAGUCCGCCCAGUCGCUGCUCCCCAGUGGCUCCGUCUUCACGCUUCCGCACUUUGCGUCAGUCGAGAUCACGCUUGCCGCGGGUAACGUUAUUGGUUUUCCUCACCCGUUCCACUUGCACGGGCACGUCUUUGAUGUCAUCCGCCCGGCCGGCAGCAGUACCUACAACUAUGUCAACCCUGCUCGCCGCGACGUGGUCAGCGUUGGGAACGAGGGUGACAACGUCACGAUUCGGUUCUUCACCGAUAACCGCGGACCGUGGUUCCUCCACUGCCACAUCGACUGGCACCUGGUGAACGGCUUUGCGAUUGUGCUUGCGGAGGAUGUGCCCGACUGGAACUCGGAGCUGGUCCCCCCUUCGGAGUGGGAUCAGCUGUGUCCGACCUACAAUGCGCUUCCUGCCUCCAUCACUUCUCACGCUGGUUGAACCACUAAACAAAUCGUACCAUUUUUCUUGUGUUGUGCGAGUCCAUGAUAGCUUUCCUCAGAUAGAUACUAUGUAAAAGAAGUGUCAUUUUGACAUAUGAAUGUUUACAUUUUCUACAACUUCAGGGAACAGCUCAACUCCCUCUUUGUCUGCUUGCUUCAUUAAUGCC